AUGCCUUCAGGUUCUUACACGCGCAGAUACCUCUUCCGGGUCUCGGACCCGGGAAAUAAUCCCACUGCUCGGCCUCAGGCCCCAAAUCUUUUCCCCAUUGGGGACUUUGAUGAGUAUAUGAAACUCGUCAAGACGUUUUCUGGUGAGCUCCUUUUAGUGCUCGCCAUGGCUUUCCUGGUGGCCGUCACCACGGUUGUCGGCUUCGGCCGAUUUGCGUACAAUCAGUGUAGCAACCUCUUCAGCUACGAAGAAACUCAAGCUCCCAAUGGACACAUUUCUGCUUCCGAUGACCACAUUUCCACUACCGAUAAACACAUUUCCACUUCCGACAACAAUAUUUCCGCUGUCGAUAAAAGCAUUUCUGCCGUCGGUAAAAGCAUCUCCAUUGUCGCCAAAAGCAUUUCCGCUUCCGAAAAAACCACCUCCAUUUCGAACAAACGCCGCAGACAUGAGCCGCUUGCCAGACUCGACAAACGUCGCUUCCUCACCACUCGAUCUUCGUCGAUCACCUCUGGCUAUAUGGCGGAUAUUUCUCGAUCUGUUUCAGGCAGUUAUCGCCCCAAUUCACAAGUCGCUCUAUCGGCUUUCGAGCAAUCAGCUUUGGAAUUGUCAGUCCUCGACAAUCAGAAAGAAAUUCAUUGGAUUGAUAAACAGGCCUUUGCCAAUCUCAUCAAAGAGUACAAGGAAUUUGCCGCCCUACUCGAGUUUAUCUGGAAAUCCUCCAUGGGUUCCACCCAAUCAGCUUUGGUUGAUGAAUGUCUCUACCCCAUUCGAAUGCACUUCCUGGUUCCCGAGAAGCUCCAGCUCCACGGGCGUGGCCUACUUUCUCCUCUGAAUGCCGCCUUCGAAGAAUUUUGCAUUCUCUGCAUUGGGUUCCUCAACAAGGUGUACUGUAUCGACCGCAUCACGUACCUUCGAGAGAAGUGGCCAACUGCACCAUCAUUCAUGGAUGAACAGCCUUCGCCACAAGAUGUGGAAAUGAUGGAAAGAAUGCGAGGCUUCUUUUCAUUCCCUGGUCUGCCCAACAUUCUUUCAAACGUGUUGGCCAUUUGCGGAUUCGACAACAUCGAGGUGCCUGCCGAUUUCAUGGAUCGCAUCGUUGUGGACUUGGGCGCCAUUAUUCGGAGGCGAACUGUACCAAGCUACGUGGCAUCAGAGGCAUACCGGGAGCGACUCCUGGUCCUUGAAGCUUCUUUUGAACAAACCCCUCUAUUCCCUUCAGAAGGUACCUCUGAAGUCACUUCUGAAGAGACGCCUGAAAAUGAGCCAGACAUUUGGCUGCAGAUUGCGGAACAAAGCGAUCACGAUAACUCCUAUCAACCAUCCGCCAUAGAUUCGGAUGUGUCUUUUAACCCGUCUUGUUAUUCUCUGUCUGGCCUUCCUCCACACCCAGCCAAGAAAAGAGUCUCUUUUGAAAUACCCUCGAACACCUCAGAUAAAGCCUCGGAUAAGAUCGAGGAAUUGAUGUCAUUGCCAUUACUCAGCUCGCUCAAGAUUAGUGAGGAAUCAGAGAUUGAGCUUAGGAACCUGCGAAAAGAAGCAGAGGCCCUGAGACAGCUCGACCUUGAGCAAGAGAAGCUUCGAAAGCUUCAAGAAAGGACUGCCAACGGACCUCAACAGCCUGUGGUGGCGCCUCUCAGCAACGAAUGGAUCCAGAAGGCUAUCGACACAGUCUCUGCACCAGACACCGAUGUGUUGGCCACAACCUGUCAAGGAACGCCCCUCCGACGACACGACUUCGCCACGGUAGUUGCGGCUAAGACCUGGCUCAACGACGAAAUUGUCAACGGCGCGCUGGGCGGACUUGAAAAGGAGAUCAACCUAGUUGCUGGAAUCACCGAUUAUAAAAAGCAGGGCCGCAAAUGCCUUGUCAUGAACUCAUUUUUCUGGCCUCGAGUCGAAAAGGCACAUGGCCGCCAGACGCAGUCCAUCCUUCGCCGGAUGGGCGUCACUCCUCAAAACUUCUUACUUAUGGACACAGUCCUCAUUCCCAUCUGCAAAGACUAUCACUGGACACUUCUGGUGCUUCAGCCCAAGAGCAGAAAACUCAUGCACUUGGAUUCAUUUAAUAAGCGCUCAUCUCAUCCCGACAUGGCGCUGGCGUGGAUAUCAGACUACCUGGGCGAAUUAUAUGUGGCUCAGCAAUGGGAGGUGCUGGCGGUCAAGUCACCUCAGCAAACAAACGGCUAUGAUUGUGGUGUACAUGUGAUCACCAAUGGAAUAUGCAUGGCUUUGGGGUUGGAGCCAGUUGCAAGCUACUGCGUGGAAGAGAUGUCUCUUCAGAGACUACGAAUUGCCGGAAUGCUACUGAAUGGGGGACUAAAUGGGGAGUUUGACCUUUGGAAACAUUGA